CCACAACAACACAGGAGGCAUCACAUCCAGAUGCUGCGUCGGUCCUCACACUACCGAUACACUCGUGUGAGAACAGAUAAACUUCUCGUAAAGUUUGAAUGUUUUUACCGUGGCUCUGUCCCCUGGCAGCACUCUUGUGCCGUCAACAGUGCUUCAUCCUGAGAGUAAAAUAAUAGCUUAAAACGCAUUACAGUGAUUGGGCGAACCUAGUAAUGAAAAUAUCAACUGUUCGUGAAACACUGUAACAGCCAUUAAGAAGUUGAGAUAAUCGCCAUAGAGGACAGUUACCUUAGGAUAGAGACCAAGCAAGACGUACGCCUAUUCUAGUCGACUACACUCAAGUUAACUUACUGAAGCUGAAGAAUGCAUUCGAAAUUCAUCAUUUGUGAGUGCUAAGGAGCAUUAACAAAAGGACUUAACACAAGGAAGGCAAAAAGACUGCUCUACAUGAUGAUCAUCCAUAGGACGAGGUGAAGUGUGAUGCACAUGACAGUGGUGUGGGAACAUAGGUGGCAAACAAACACACACACACACAACAAUGAGUUCAUCGCAAGUUUCCGAUGAGUCUGAUGUGCUUGAUGGACCCUCAUCAUGUUCCAUGAGGGACAUUGUUCCCGCACAGCGAUCAUGUGAAAGCCUCAACACAAACCUUUCAGUUCAACAAAGGGAAGACGUUUCUGUAGAAGAGAGAACAUCGUUUAAUGGUUUAAUCCUCAGCGUGCCAACAACCCAAGACACCUCUAGUCCAGAGAUUACAGUGGCUCCUGGGAGAGAUUUCAACAACGACUCCGUCUCGAACAUUGGCAGCAGGUACUGCAGAGUAGUAGUUAGUUAUGGUGGUGUGCCACCUCAAGCCUUAGCCCUGCUUCCCAAAGGAAGAAAGAUAUCAAAACGCGUAUGUUAUCACAGAUCGUACCUUAAACUGAACGGACCACCUUGCUAUCUUUGUUCUAGCUCGGACCUGCCUCCCAAGUACACCAGGGAAGAGUCAAAAUGGCAAAGAGGCAAGAAAAGAUUUAGGAGUUUGAUGCAGGAUUUUGCAAAUUUAGACUUUUCUCGCGGUCUUCAAACAUCAACUGAUUCUCGAGAUAACGAAGGAUAUGCUCUUCCUUGCGCCCUCAGUAACGGGACAUUAGCUAGGAAUAUCAACUUACCAGCUUAUACUCCGUAUAUGAUAUCUGGGUCACCUGGUCUCCGCAUGUCAUCUAUUGAAACGGAGGAGCAGCGAGCUUCUAGUCUCGACGAUAUCCCUGAGAUACAUGGCCACCCCAACUCCUCUUCUUACCAGGAAAAUAACCAAAUAUCGGCCUCCCUGGGCAGCCACUCGGACCACAUACACAACUCGGAGAUCACCGUAUCCCCCCAUUCACCUACCACUGAUGUAAUUAAUCCUUCGGAACAAGUACCUCCACCCUACUCACCACCUACUCCAGGAUGUCUUCCCUCUGGGUACUUCCUGGAGCAUCCACAGCAGCAGCCGCGCCAGCGAGUACAAAAUAUAAGCAUAAUUAGGUCAUUUCGCUGUAAAAAAAGCUGUAUAUACAUCGUGGUGUACUCCUUCUUGCUGGCAUAUGUAAGCUCCAUGUCCUUGGUGGGUCAUAACCAACCAGUCGCCUUCCUUGCCAUCCUUGUCAUCUUCUUAGCACUCUUCGUCUUUACGCCAAUCAUCUGGUUUCUGGAGAGCCUCCUGUGCUGGAGGCCUCAGGACUUCAGGAAUACUGACAAUAGCAUGAUGCGCGAAGUCGCUUUUUCGACUCCCAUCAUGACUCCUGUAUUUGUGUAGUUUCGACUUACCAUAACAUGGUGCUCAUUCUUAUAGCCUUGACCUACCAUAAUGCAGGGCUCAAUCUUAUAGGUACGCCGGGUCACCACCUGGAAAAGACCCGGGCCGAGACAAGACCAGCGAACCUACUACAAUGUAUAGCCUCAACCUCUAGUAACCCACUGAUAAGGGCUUACUGCUCUUAUCGUCAAUGGAAUAUCAACUUACCUAGGGAUGAUAAGUUAUUUGGAUUAUGUAAAGAUUCGCUCUCCUUCCAAGGAAAAUAUUUACUCACGUUAUAAAAUGUUUUUACAUGUGCCAGGUAUUAACCCUUAAACUGUCCGAACAUAGAGGUACGUUUUUUUUUUUUUUUUUUACAUGCUUUCAAAUGGAGAAAAUCAAGGUCGGACCUGCUAUGCACAAAAAUGUAGAUCUAUGUUUGGACAGCUGAAGGGUUAAUUUUGCAGCAAAACGGACAUACUUUACCUAACAGGUAAAGAAAUUUCCAUAGCUCUGGAGGCGAAACUUUAACCCCCAGCUCUUUCUACACCAUUAUCAAGUCAGUUUUAACUUAAUAAUGCUCCAGGAUGAAACAAGUGUUGCCUGAAGUUUCUUCUCCAAAGUGUAGAUAUUCUUGCAGUCACGGUACUGUACCAAGCACAGUAUUGUACCAACCACGGUAUGCUAACAGCUUAUUUUUUAAAGGUGGAGCGACUCAUUACGUAAUAUAUUAUUGUAUGUCAUAUUAAUGUUUUUGUCUAGAUUUCACAGAAUAUAAUGGAAUUACAGUAGGUUAGUAUGCUAAUAUUACAAGGUGUAUAUUGGCCAUAGCCUGGCAGUAAACAUGAGGUUUUCACGUGAGCUUUUCUCAAGAUACAAUUCUGACCCUUCCUGAAAAGAAACACUUAAAACAAUCUUAAUAAAUUUUGACAUUAGGAAAAACUUCAGAUUCAUUUGACUCAUGUGGAUAGUCUCUCUUACCAAUUUUAAGUCUGUAAAACUAGCAUAUUAUUAUUAUAAUCAAGGGGGAAGCGCUAAACCCGGAGGAUUAUACAGCGCCUGGGGGAGGGGAUGUGGAAGGCAUUCAGGCUUAAUUCGGGGAACUGGAGCACAGAUCCAAUUCCCUAAAUCAAGAGCCCCUCACCAGCAUCAAGGAACCUUCCUUGAGGGGAAAACUAGCAUAAUAAAGCACAUUGCUGUAAUUAAAAAUUAUUUUCACCUAUUCUAAAGAAUUGUACAGUAUAUAUAUUUGACGAUAAAAAGUCACUAAUGCAUAUAUUAUUUAGUAUAAGUGGGGCGACCAAUAAGCACAUGACCCACUGCAGAACCAUCUAAAUAUUAUAUAUUAACCAGUUAAAAUGCACAGUUUUUAUGAUGUGGCUCGCCUUACAAGCGAGCAGGAACACAAGCCAAUUCUAGCGUUAAUCUCUCUCUCUCUUUCCACAGUCUAGGAGGUACAGUAUUACCCUUCCUCAGCUUAUUUCAAAUCCUAGGCACAUAAAAGGUACACUAGUCACUGAAGGAAGGUUAAUGUCAAGAGAACCCUCCUCAAGAAAGUUAGGCAUUUCAGGUGAUUAUAUAUACAUGUAUAUAUAUAUAUAUGUGUGUGUGUGUGUAUGUGUGCAUGCAUGUGUGCAUAUUCACAUGCAGAACAACCAUUGUGAAAAAAUAGUGGAAUUCCAAGUGCUUUUUUAUUGACCUAAGAAAAGCUUUUGACAGUAGACCAUGGCAUCCUGCUCCACAAACCUGACCAUUAUGGUAUAAGAGGCCAUGCACUUGCAUAUUUCAAAUCCUACCUUACUAAUAGGUAUCAGUAUGUCACCAUUAAAGACACAACCUCAUCAACAUGGCCACUUGAUACUGGAGUGCCACGUGCCACAGGGAAGUGUCCUUGGUCCCCUGCUCUUCCUCUUAUACAUCAAUGAUCUUCCCAAUGUCUCACAACACCUGAAACCCAUUCUCUUUGCUGAUGACAUGAUUUGUCAUCUCCCACCCAAAUCUUGCCACACUCAAUGCCAUUGUUAAUGAGGAGCUACUUAAAAUAUCUACUUGGAUGACAGCCAACAAACUUACACUUAACACUGACAAAAUCUUUUAUAUUAUGUUUGGUAACAGAGCAGGUGUUGCACAACUUAAGAUUGACAACACUCUUAUUGCCAAACAUAAUGAGGGCAAAUUCCUAGGCCUACACCUCGACAGCAACCUGAAUUUCAGCACCCAUACCCAACACAUAACAAAAUAAGUAUCCAAAACAGUUGGGAUCCUCUCCAAGAUACAUUACUACAUGUCACAAUCAGCCCUACUCACACUAUACUAUUCACUCGUCUAUCCCUACCUCACCUAUGCUAUUUGUGCCUGGGGAUCAACAGCAGCAACACACCUAAAGCCAAUAACCCAACAAAAAGCUGCAGUAAGAAUAAUCACGCAAUCCAAUCCCAGGCAACACCCCAUCCCUCCACUCUUCAAAGAUCUAAACUUACUGUACAGAACAGCCACACUUACUACUGUGCGACCUACAUUUACAGAACCUUAAAUUCCAAUAUUAACCCAGAACUAAAACAUUUUCUUUAUAGUUGACAGGACCCACAGGCACAACACCAGGCACAAAAAAUCUCUAUGACAUUCCCCAUGUCCAGCUAAACCUAUACAAAAAUUCAAUGUACAUAAAAGGACCUAAAAUCUGGAACACCCUACCUGAAAACUCUAAUCUGAUCUCCCUGAUACACCCCACCAUCAACUAACUACAUAACCACCUAUUCUCUUGUAUCAUACACACAGGAAAAUCAACCUAGACCAACUUUUGAUAUCUGUGAUUCCCCACAAUUUACACUUACACUCACCCAAUUGACUGUAAACAUAGAAAUAUGUAAUAAAACUAUUACCGAAUGAAUCUUAAACUAGUCAUAAGUUUGCUCGAGAUACUCCAAUAGAAACUAUGUAUCGUAUCAAGACAAAACCAUUCACAUUGCUAAAUUUACAAAAUGUAAUGCAGUUACCUAGCCUUAAUAUCAACAUGCUCCAUAAUCUGUACCAAUAUAGAGUUUGAGUUAAUCUUAGUGUGCCUGAAAUGCCUAGUCAUGUUAGACGUGAUAGUGGCCCCCUCUGUAAUAAGUAUUUUAUAAUAUGUAAACCACACAUUGUAACCAAUAUCCUAUAAUAUGUAAACUGCGCUUUGUAAUCUUACAGAGAAUAAACUUGAUUGAUUGGUUUCUCACAUUAUAAACUUGAUAAUGUGAGCAAUCACAAAAGUGCUUGGAA